CAAAGAUCUCGUCGUCGUUCGAGACAAUAAUCAAAAGGAAUGGACAACCCCGUGCUUCGCCAGGUGCUGUUGGGAUGUUACGACCCCAGCAGUCCACUGCGCCACCUUCGCGACCAACGAGGCAUCUUGGAGCUCAUCUUUGCCAGGCUCAUGAAAGCUUGGGAAGCGCAUCUUGUCGACACGUCGCGAGGUUACCUGCGGCUUGGUGGGAGGCGGGGAACACACAUUCCAGGGCAAGUUCCACAGUCCAUUCAAUUUCCUCCCCUGUGGCAGCACCAUGACGAUUCUACCACCUCCUUCCAUGUCAACAUGAUGCCGUUCUUCAUGGGCGAUAUCUCGACCUUACCCUUGUCCUGCCAACGAUACCACGAUCUCAUCAUGCAAUGUCUGGCCACAAACAGCAGUGGCGAGCGCGGUGAAGUGGGCUACCUCACUAUCCACGAAGGAGUCGUGGAGGCUGGCACGUCCCAGCGCCGCGGUGGCCUGCACAUCGAAGCAGGCGGCGGCGGGGAGUCUGAACGAUGCACCGAUGACUUCCAUUGGGGCAUGGGUCGGAUUGAGCACACUCUGCUCUAUGGUGGCAUCUACAUGGCAUCGACGGUGGAGCAUUCAUGUGCGAUGUACGAUGUUGUGAUUCAAGACUCGUCCAGUGUCGUGGGGGCACUGGGGGAUGUGGAGCACUUGCGAUCGAGUUUGGCCAAGAAAGCGAUAAGUCCGCUGCAUCUUGAAGCGAACGAGCUCGUUUGGAUGACCGAUCGCACGCCCCACGAGUCGUUGCCAUUGCCGGUCACGACCUUUCGCCAGUACUUUCGACUAGUCACGAGCGGAGUCUCCCACUGGUACGCCGACCAUUCGACCCCCAACCCGUUGGGCAUUCAGCCCACGGCCAAGAUUGUAUUCGGCAACAAGUUUCACCUUGCAUUGGACGUAGAUGUCUCCAAAGCUCCCCAGAAAGUCCUGUCAAUGUGAUGUUUUUGUUAACUAGUGCAAGGCAACUGUAGUAGUUAAUAGUUACUGUGUACUUCGAAGCGUAGAUGAUAUACUCUGAGAAAUCUG